AUGUGGCCCUGCUUUUGGGACAAUCCAUCGCCUCUGAGGCCUACAUCGCCAUUGCUAGCCCAUGCUUGUGCGCUGAGGCGUGCAAGUCAGGGCAAGCAUGAACUGCCGCAGCUGGUGUAUCCCAUGUACACGGUGCGGCAAGAGACCUUCUUAACGUUUUCGACCAUGAGACCGCACGAGGAGCUCCUCUCCGAGCAGGUCUUGGAGCUCUUUUGCGGCCAAGGCAUUGCCAUCUUUGUCAGUCACCAAUGGGUCGGGACGAAGCAUCCGGAUCCUCAGAUGAAGCACCUUGGAGCAACUGCAGGAGGCUUUGAGGAAGAUGCUUCUGCGUGA